CGGAAGUAGAUGCUGGGCGGCGGCAGCAGCGGAUUCCGCGGUCGCUGUGGUUCGCGGCAGUUUGCAGACGCCCGCGGCCUCGUCGCGCUCCCGAAUGCAGCCGCGGCGUCCUGAGGGCUUCGAUGGGUUGGGCUACAGGGGGGGCGGCAGGGAGGAGCCGGGCCCCGGGGCCAAGCCCUACAGCUCCUCCUCGGACCUGAGCCAAUGGGUCUCCAGCCCCCCCGACAUCCCGGGCAGCCGCAACCUGCACUGGGGAGAGAGGACCCCGCAGUACGGGGCCGGCCCGGCCGGAACCCCCCUCGGCGGACUCGGCCUCAACGACGAGCCGUACCCUGCGGGCGCCGGCACCAGCUCCGAGCAGUUGAAUAGGUUUGCAGGCUUUGGUAUUGGCCUUGCCAGUCUAUUUACAGAAAAUGUUUUGGCACAUCCUUGCAUUGUUCUACAUCGCCAAUGUCAGGUUAAUUAUCACGCCCGGAAUUAUCAUCUCACUCCAUUUACUAUUGUCAAUAUUAUGUACAGCAUCAAUAAGACCCAGGGUCCAAGAGCUCUUUGGAAAGGAAUGGGGAGCACUUUCGUAGUUCAGGGCAUAACCCUUGGAACAGAGGGCAUCAUCAGCGAAUUUACACCUUUGCCAAGGGAACUUUCACAUAAAUGGAGCCUGAGACAAAUAGGAGGACACCUUCUCCUGAAAAGCCUAACCUAUGUGGUAGCAAUGCCUUUUUAUUCAGCAAGCCUGGUUGAAACUGUGCAGAGUGAAAUCAUUCGAGAUAAUCCUGGAAUUUUGGACUGUGUGAAAGAAGGGAUUGGCAGAGUGAUUGGCAUGGGAGUGCCCCAUAGCAAACGGCUCCUCCCCCUUAUGGCCUUGACCUUUCCCACUGUUCUACAUGGAGUUCUUCAUUACAUCAUCAGUUCCAUCAUCCAGAAGUUUGUGCUGCUUGUCCUAAAAAGGGAGAAUUCCCAGAGCCUUCCAACAGAGAGCUCCAAUUCUGUGCAGAGUAUGUUGGAUGCUUAUUUUCCAGAACUUAUAGCUAGCUUUGCUGCCAACCUUUGUGCUGAUGUCAUGAUUUACCCGCUGGAGACAGUUUUACACCGCCUUCAUAUUCAGGGAACACGCACAAUAAUUGACAAUACAGACCUUGGCUAUGAAGUGCUUCCAAUCAAUACUCAGUAUGAGGGAAUGAGAGACUGCAUCAAUACUAUAAAGCAGGAAGAAGGAAUGCUGGGUUUUUAUAAAGGGUUUGGAGCUGUUGUUGUACAGUAUACACUGCAUGUGGCUGUUUUACAGCUCACUAAAAUUAUUUACUCCAUGCUGCUUCAAAAUGUUGCUUAAAAGUACAUUCAUAUGUUGAUUAGCAUUGGGGAUGUGAUCUGGUCACUUAAUGAAUUAUGGUAAAAAGAGAUGGAUAGGAAAAUGAAAUCUGAAAGAUGAGAAUCUGUAGUAGUGGUUUCUCUUUUUGCAGUCUGAAGUGUUCCUUUGAAAACUGGAAUUUGAAUUUCAAAAUGUCCUUUUUAAGAAGUACUCCAUAAAAUUAAAACAAGGACUAUUGCUGGAAUUUGAAUAUCUUGAAAUGUGAAAUAUUAUGUGGAAGAGAAUCAUAAUUUAAAGUGGGCAAAUUCAUAUAGAGGAUAUAUAUGAGUUAUCUCAUUUCAGUAUAGAUAACCUUUGCAUCUACCUGUAGACUGACAUGGAAAAUGGCAUUUCUAAUGGUACUGUUCACAUACGCUAUAUGACUAAAGGACAAAUAGUCGUCGUCAUCUUUGGCAAUGAAUUUCUUCUGAUAAAUAAAGGGGUUUGGUUUCAGAACUAAUGCAAGAUAUGUGAGGAUUUACUGGUCUUCCAUAAACCUGUUUUAACCUUUACUGUUAAUGUGGUUAGGUCAGAAUGGUAACUUUAAAAAAAAAAAAAAAAAUCUUGUUCUUCACAUUUUUUCUCCACAUUGUUUUCUCAGUUUACAGAUACAAACAAGACUUUCACUGCUGCAACAUACAUCUAGGGGGAAAGAUAAACUAAAUGUUUUAUGCUUUGUACAUCGCCCAUAGCAAAUUAUUUUGUAAUAAGAACUUUGUCGUCUUGGUAUGUGCAAGGUGAACUAGAAUACACUAGGUAGCUCUCUUCUACAGGUCCAUUAGUGUUACAGGGUAAAUAGUUGCUAAAAUUUAUGACUUGAAUAAAGUAAAUGUGCACAUAAUUAGCUGAUAGAUAUAAAAGUGCCAUUUUUAAAGUCAAAUUUCCAACCAUAACCACAAUUUGAGAGAUUUGUUUUCCAAGGUAUUUUUGCGUAAAAGAAUAAUCAUGAGACAUGAUUUUAGUAUCCAUGUUCAAAUAAUACUCUGAAAGCAUAAAAUGAUUAACUG